CCUCCACGGCUCCUUCAGCCGCUCUAGCCACUCUCUUCACUGCUCCGCCGGAGGCGGGCGCGCCGCGGGGGUCCUCCAAGAUGGCGGCGCAGAGGAGGAGCCUGCUGCAGAGUGAGCAGCAGCCAAGCUGGACGGACGACCUGCCACUCUGCCACCUCUCUGGGGUCGGCUCAGCUUCCAAUCGCAGCUAUUCUGCUGAUGGCAAAGGCACUGAGAGCCACCCUCCAGAGGACAACUGGCUUAAGUUCAGAAGCGAGAAUAAUUGCUUCCUGUAUGGGGUCUUCAAUGGCUAUGAUGGCAACCGGGUAACCAACUUUGUGGCUCAACGGCUGUCUGCAGAGCUCCUUCUGGGCCAGCUCAACACUGAGCACACUGAGGCAGACGUGCGGCGUGUGCUGUUGCAGGCCUUCGAUGUGGUGGAGAGGAGCUUCCUGGAGUCUAUUGAUGACGCUUUGGCAGAGAAGGCAAGCCUCCAGUCCCAGCUGCCGGAGGGCGUCCCCCAGCACCAGCUACCUCCGCAGUAUCAGAAGAUCCUGGAGAGACUCAAGGUGCUGGAGAGGGAGAUUUCAGGAGGGGCCAUGGCCGUCGUGGCUGUCCUUCUGAACAACAAGCUCUAUGUCGCUAAUGUUGGUACCAACCGGGCACUACUGUGCAAGUCUACGGUGGAUGGGCUACAGGUGACGCAGCUGAAUGUGGACCACACCACAGAGAAUGAGGAUGAGCUUUUUCGCCUUUCACAACUGGGUUUGGACGCGGGAAAGAUCAAGCAGGUGGGGAUCAUCUGUGGGCAGGAGAGCACCAGGCGCAUCGGGGAUUACAAAGUCAAAUAUGGCUACACUGACAUUGACCUGCUUAGUGCUGCCAGGUCCAAACCGAUCAUCGCAGAACCGGAGAUCCACGGUGCACAGCCUCUGGACGGGGUGACUGGCUUCCUGGUGCUGAUGUCUGAGGGGCUAUACAAGGCCCUGGAGGCAGCCCAUGGGCCUGGCCAGGCCAACCAGGAGAUCGCCGCAAUGAUCGACACCGAAUUCGCCAAGCAGACCUCUCUCGAUGCGGUGGCCCAGGCUGUAGUGGACAGGGUGAAGCGCGUCCACAGUGACACUUUUGCCAGUGGGGGGGAGCGUGCCAGGUUUUGCCCACGGCAUGAGGACAUGACCCUGCUGGUGAGGAACUUCGGCUACCCGCUGGGAGAGAUGAGCCAGUCCACAGCAGCCCCAGCUUCAGGGGGUCGUGUGUACCCUGUGUCUGUACCCUACUCCAGUGCCCAGAGCACCAGCAAGACCAGUGUUACCCUGUCUCUCGUCAUGCCUUCCCAGGGCCAGAUGGUCAACGGUGCCCACAGUGCUUCCACUCUGGAUGAAGCCACUCCCACCCUUACCAACCAGAGUCCAACCCUGACCCUGCAGUCUACCAACACACACACACAGAGCAGCAGCUCCAGCUCUGACGGGGGUCUCUUCCGCUCCCGGCCAGCCCACUCACUCCCACCAGGUGAAGAUGGCCGUGUGGAGCCCUACGUGGACUUUGCUGAGUUCUACCACCUCUGGAGUGUGGACCAUGGCGAGCAGAGCGUGAUGACGGCGCCAUAGCUUGGCAAGAAGUGCAUCCUAAGCAGGACCUUGUGUGGGGACAGGGACCCAGCAAUGGAACAGGGUAGAGUUAGCCUUUCCUAACCUUGCCUGUGUCAUGGGGCCAUUUGACACCCUAUUCUUGGCCUGCACCAGGCUCUGCCCCACAAUGCCUGGGGCUGUAGAGCUCUGUAGUGCAGAUCACACCACUUGUCCAUUCCUCACCACCACACCAGGGCUAGGAGCCAGGCCCCACAGGCAGCCUCAGCUAGGACCACAGUUGUUUCUUAGAAAAAGAGCCCAAGUGUGGAUGCUGUGGCUGGCCUCCAGGCCACCAAGGGUUUCUUCCCCACUGUACAACAGUGAGAGGAGGCCGUCCUGUGGACCCCAAGUACCACAGAUGCAACAGACACUACGCCCUCAGGGGCGCCCUCUCCCAUCACAGUCUCCUAGAAUAGCUAUGACCACUGCUAAUGCCUCACCUCUGGGCAGUGGCCCCAGGGUCUAAGGCUCUAGCCUCUCAGCCAACUCCUAGGUCCACAGUGGAACCGCUCAUGAUGCAUCUUCUUGGCCCUAGCUGUCAGUGGUAAUAUUUGUGAGGGCUAGGGUUGUCCACAGGGGAGCAGGUCACAUGGAAAGAUAACUGGCCGCAGCAGCACUAGUCCUGGAGCUGCCAAAGCAGAGCAGGCUGGUGGCUGGGCUUCCUAGGGGCGCAGGAGGUGAGGCUGGCCCUCUGAGCUGUGUUGGUGGCGGGAAAGAUAAGGCUAGGCCUACUGAGCAGCUGGAGUGGUUGAUUUUGUCAGACCCAGUUUGGAGUUUGGGAAUCUCAACGUCCAGGUGAGCCCAUAAUUCCUGCCCUGCCUCCUCCCUGCUGGUGCUGGGGAGACCAUGAUGGGAGGCUGAGAUGGUGGCCUUUACACUGAGGAUGAGUCUGGACUGCUUUGCAUGACAGCCAUGGGUGGUGCUUCAGGCUGGGGGCUCAGUUCAAAGAGUGGAAAAUGCUUCCAAGAGGCAAGAGGUUCUCUGAGCCCCCACUGUCCAGAAAGGCAAGACUUGGGGAUGUGUGCAAUGUUUACAAACAGAGGAAAGGAUCAGCUGGCCAAGACAUCCUACACACGUUCUCUGCCACCAGAGAACGCCCCCGAUGGCGCUUCUUAUUCAGAGGAGGCAGCAGGCGGCUCUUCACCUGAGUUGCGCCAUCAGUGAUGAGCCUGAGGCCUUUUUGUUAGUGUGGCCCACAGGGCGCUGCCACCUCUCCCAGCCUCUGUGUCCCAGUGUUCCAGCCACAGCUUGCUGGGGACCAGCUGCUGGGGGACAGUACCCAGUGUGCUUGCUGUCUGCAAAGUCAAAGGCCAGUUCCAAAGUCCAUGCUCUCGCUGCAGUCCAGGAAUCCAUUUUCCUGCAGCAGAGCCAGCAGUGUACUACCAGGGAGAGCCUGGGUUUCUGGGGAAGUGAAGUCUCAGCAGAAGAAGAAGGUCAUCCUGGUGGCUAGCCCAGCCACCCUCCACUGGAAAGUCAUCUCUCUGUGGAUCGGCAGAUUUUUGCUCACUCACAAAGACUUGGGGAUAAAGAGGACUCUCCCAGGAAUGUCUGGAGCUGUUUGGUCUGUAGAAAAAAAAUUGUGUUCUUUAUGCUAUAAAGUAAUACAUAGCGGUGUGCUAUGUCUUCAUGCUAACAGUGCUGUCUUUUGUCUCCUGUAACAAGCGUGCCCUGGGAAGUGGCUGCCUUCUCCCGUUCUUCUGGGUAGGCUGGUAAGUGACUGGGCUAGGAUUUGAACCCAGGCCUCCUGACUGCAUUCACACUGCUGCCUGGCUACCCAAGGGGAGCACGGGCUGCAAAGAGUGGCAGUCUUCCCUACUGCAUCAGGUCCUCCGGUCACACUUCUCCCUGUUCUAUGAGUAUGAGCCCAGAGUAUGUGCCUCUAUGGCGGGGCUCAGUUCACCAGGGCAGGGGUCCUUGCCCUCUCACCAGCUAGCUGGCUUUAUUUGGCUUUGUUUCAGUGAAGGAUAUUCUAUAAAUAUAGUCCAUAGCGUGCCUCCUUCUGCUCCCUGGGACUUAACUCAUCCCUCUAAGGAGCAUCUGUGACAAACUGAAAGGCUGUGUUUGCUCAGGAACAAAGCCAAGCUCUGUUUGGUCAGAGGGUCCCAGAUGUCCCUUCCCCUCUGCUAGGCAGGGGCUCUUAGAGGAGGGGUCCCCAUGCAGAGCCUCCUGUCAGGAUCUACCCCUUCAGA